AUCAGCUCAGCGCAGACCCCUCUGAAAACCCGCAUCAAUGGAGGGUGAGCCCUUGCCCGAUGCUCCCGAUGCUCCUGAUGCUCAAAUCUCCUCUACACUGCAAUUGCAGACAACUACCGUCCCCGAGUUCCCCACGCUUUCUCUGUCACCCUCGUUUAAGCUAGAUGAAGGCUACUCGGAUGAUACUCGAAGCCAGGCCGACAAAGAUCUCGGAUCGGACAAUGUCAUGGCGCUUCCAAAUUGGGUGCUCGCCCAGUCCGAGGCCGGCAGAGCUGAGCUCGCAUACAGCCUUCUUCGGUCUCUAAGAGCCUCAACCAUCGCCGCAGUAGUUGAUCGACUUAACCCCAUCCUCCAUAUUGACCCAUGUGUCAGGCUUCCCCCGGAAGUCACAUGGGAGAUCUUUACCUACCUCGACGCUCGGACGCUUCUGAAUGCCUCGCUUGCAUCCCGCUCAUGGCGUGAACGUAUCCUUGAAUCGGGUCUGUGGAGAUUCCACUACAUCCAUGAAGGUUGGGACUUGGACAAGAGCGCGAUUCGUGCGUUUGAACAAGAACAUUCCGAGGCCAUGUCGCCCCAGACCCGGAAGUCCCGCCUACGACACUCGGAGCCAGAUCUCGGGGAACCUAAGCAUAAAAAGCGCGUGCCGUCGACCUGGCUCGAUUCACGAAGCGAUGAAAACCAAAGACCGACCGUGUUUGGCCCUGCACCCCCGGUGGCCGACAGUGAAGGUGAUCACCAUAUGACUGAUGAUGACGAUCAAACCGCUCCUUCGUUCGCUGACGACCCGGUGUCCAUUCUGCCAACUAAUAUUUCCCAAUUUCCCUCGCCACUGUACCCACCUCUACGAUCGCAUCUUCUCAUUCGGGAUACCGACGGAAGCGCCAAAGUCAACUAUUUUCAUAUCUACAAGCAACGCCGGCGGCUCGAAGCAAAUUGGCAUCAAGGCCGAUACACCAAUUUCCAACUUCCUGACCCGUCCCACCCAGAAGAGGCCCAUCGGGAAUGCGUAUAUGCGAUCCAGUUCGAAGGCCGAUGGCUAGUCAGCGGGAGCCGAGACAAGACUGUGCGAGUCUGGAACCUGGAUACUAAACGACUGUGGCAUCCCCCUCUGGUGGGACAUAUCAAGUCCGUACUUUGCCUGCAAUUUGAUCCUCGACCCGAGGAAGACAUCAUCAUCUCCGGCAGCAGCGACAAGUCCGUCAUCAUAUGGAAAUUCUCCACUGGAGAAAAGAUCCAUCAAAUUGAACAAGCGCAUACUGACUCGGUACUCAAUCUCAAAUUCGAUCAUCGUUAUGUUGUAACAUGUUCCAAAGACCGAACUGUGAAGGUAUGGAACCGCCGAGAUCUUCUACCGAAUAGCAAGGAUUAUCCGCAUAUCUGCCAUGGAUCAGGCGCCACAUAUCCUACAUGGAUAAUAGAUCUGAGCUCGAUUGCACCGAACGUUCUUGAAGCCGGCAUUGCGCAUGAGCAAUACAAAGUGCUAGAGCCUUACACGUUGCUUAUGACCGUGGAAGGACAUGGAGCCGCCGUAAAUGCGAUGCAGAUCCAUGGUGAUGAUAUUGUGACGGCGUCUGGAGAUCGAGUGAUCAAGGUCUGGAACAUCCGCACUGGUGCUUGCUCCAAGACCUUGCUGGGCCACGAGAAAGGCAUCGCAUGUGUUGAGUUCGACAGCCGGAGAAUCAUCAGUGGCAGCAAUGAUAACUCUGUUCGCAUCUACGACCAUGCCACCGGAGCUGAGGUGGCGUGUCUGCGAGCUCAUAGUAAUCUCGUUCGCACCCUUCAGGCAGGGUUUGGUGAUGCUCCGGGAGCCGAUGAAACCUUGCGCCAAGAAGCACGAGCGUGUGAAGCUGCGUUCUUCGCCGCUCAAGAGGCCGGAUUGGACGUCGAUAUGGGUCAUCGGGAGCAACGCCGCAAUGGCUACCAACCGAACACUGCGGGAUCACGGGACCCUCGCGAUAUCCCUGCCCUGGGAGCAAAAAUCCCACCCGGUGGGGGAGGUAGUAGCUGGGCCCGUAUCGUGUCCGGUUCUUACGAUGAGUCAAUCUUAAUCUGGCACAAAGACCGCGAUAACAGGUGGACAACGGAUCAUCAACUGCGACACAGUGAUGCUAUUGCCAAUUCCGCUCGUGCGAACCUCAGCCAAGUGGCACGAACCACUGUUGCGGCCCAGGCUCAACAAUUGCAAGCUGCACAGGCUCUGGCGUCACUUGGGCAAAAUGCCAAUGUCAACCCCCACGCUGGUCGUGCCAGCCCACAAUUUGUGCCUCCUCUGGUUAUCAAUGCUCUGCCACUCAACCCACCUCCUGCUCACCAUCAUCACCACCAUGGUCACCAACGCAGACCCCAAGGGUCCUCGACAGCUGCGAGGGUGUUCAAACUCCAGUUUGACGCACGUAAGCUCAUUUGUGCCAGCGUGGACCCUCGCAUUGUGGGAUGGGAUUUUGCCUGCGGUGAUGAAGAUAUCAUUGAGGCGAGUCCAUUCUUCAAGAGUCUUUAA